AUGGCGACCGGUGAGAGGCGAUCAAAUCUCAGGUUGCUCAGGACGUCAUUGAUUCUGGACCAAGGCGACACACGCACGACUCGCCAUGGAGACUGUCUCAGACUGUGUACUUACAACGCGAGAACAGUUUCCACAGACGCUGACCUGCAUACUCUUUUCGGAGCUGCAGAGCGUAUCAAAUUUCACGUGAUUGCUCUGCAGGAGACCAAGUGCAGAAGGAGCGACGUACGACAGAUGAAUGACGGUACACUCGUCAUUCGUGGAGAGAAGGUUCCGUCGCGAAAUGUAGGCGGUGUUGGUUUUGUUGUGCACCCAUCUGUCGUCCAUCUCGUCGAUUCUCACGAGAUCCUGUCACCUCGUCUGGCCAUUCUUCGCCUCCGCCCUCUGCGCCAAUAA